CCUCUCUGCUCCUAUGAUGCUGCUUGGCCUGCUGUGUUCAUCCAGCCCUGCACCUUGUUGUACCUGAUUUUUUUGUUUACUUAUGUUGUGAAAAUUCCGCAUCGUUUUUAGACCCUUCCUCUUUUUUUCCAAUGUUCUGCGAUUUCUAAUGCUGAUAUAGUAUUAUUAUUGACCGUUCAAAGGUGUAACUGGUCUUUUCCUUGAAUCUCUGCAAUAUACGAAGAGAGCCUCUGCUUUCCUCGUUUUAGUCUGCCAGAUUAUAUCCUGUUACCUGUACUGUGGAGCCGGUGUUGGACUGGGAUGGACGAGGUCAGAAAUCACACGACACCAGGCUAUAGUCCAACAGGUUUAUUUGAAAACACAAGCUUUCUGAGUCUUACUCCUUCAGAUGUUACCUGUUUAAUAAACAUAAAGAACUGCGGAUGCUGGAAAUCUAGUCAAAAAAAACUAGUGCUGGAGAAAUACAGCAGUUCUGACAGCUGCCUUUUGUUUACAGAUGCCACUAGACAUGCUGUAUUUUCCUAGCACUCUGUUUUUGUUCGUAUGACCUUUGUUCUGUUUUACUAUCUUCUUCCUGUCUGCUUGUCUGGGUUCUCCUCACAAUUAUUCAUUCUGCCUACUUUAAUAUUAAUGUUCAUGUUCUGUAAUUUCAGUUGGUAACGUAUGUGUAGAUAUGAUUUGAUCUGAUCCCAACACACCUCACUCUUUACAUCUGAAGAAGGGUCACCAGACCCGAAAUGUUAACUCUGUUUUUCCCUUCACUGAUGCUGCCAGACCUGCUGAGCUUCUCCAGCAACUUUGUUUUUGUUUACUCUUUACAUUCCUCUAUUCUGGAGAAGAUCCAUUAUACUGCAACUCCAUAUUUUGUCCUUGAAACAUCUUCCUGACACUUCCUUCAACUCCUAGGGUAUUGUACCAUGCAGUACUUUUGAAAUUCAUAAAUGCAACUUGUGCUGCAUUUAUUUUGUCAUUAUUCUUUUAAUUUCUCAAAAUAUGGAUUAAUUUAUACAUAGACUAAUAAUCUGAAGAAUACAGUUCCCAUCCUGCUAAAAUAAUGUUAGAAUUUGAUUUUUGUUUAUAUUAAAAAAAAGUCUGGACUUAACAAUUCAAAAGCUGCACUUUUUAAAAUCAAAAUCCAAUUAGUUUGCAAAUGUGCCUUUUAGGGAAGGAACCUUGUCCUUAUCCAGUCUGGUCCCAUCUGGUCAAUCUGACUCAAAUUCCGCAACAAUGGGGUAGACGAGCCACUUAAUUGUUUCAUUCAAUGAUUCAGGAAGGUAGCUCACCACCUUUUUGGGGCAGCUUGGGAUGGGUAAUAACUACUGACCUUUUCAAUGGUACCCACAGCCAAGAAGGAACUAAUUAUAACUUUUUAUCUUUAUCUUUUAGGUAGCAAACAGAAGUGAUGGCUAUGUUUCGUACUGGUAUUCUUGUUUUAACAUCUCCAAUUUCCCUUAUUCCAUCGCGCAUUGCUCCUGUUUUGGCAGCAACUGCAAAAAUUGUUAAAGACAUUUUAUAUGUUCAUUUACAUCCAGGAUUGGGAUUUACUGGAAAUUACAUUCAAACCAAACCAGCGUUCAUAGCAGCAAACCAUGAAGUUUCUCAACUACUAACUAACCUUUAUACAAAAAGUUCUUAUGUGUGCAGUCAUCUGGACGUCAGAGUUGUUCUCUCAAAUGUUAAAAAUCACACUUCAACACAGCAGCCAUUUUCAUCUGUCCACAUGUUGUCUGAACCACCAGAGGUAGUUUUAACAGACUACAGAAUUAUAGAUGUUAGCCAAUCCAAUUUAUAUAUGCAGUGUUUGGAAAAAUACACUCUUGGCUGUUACACUUGCAAACCCAAUUUGAGAGCCAUUUUUUUACCACCCGGAAUAGAUGGUACAGAGAGUGCUUCCUGUUCUGAUGUGGAAGACUCCAGUUUAUCUGAAAAGAUUCCGUGUUUCAACGAUGUUGUCUUAGGUGGAACUUUUGACAGACUUCAUUCUGCUCACAAGAUCCUUCUCAGCAUGUCAUGCCUGCUUACAGGAAAGCGUUUAUUAAUUGGGGUAGCUGAUGGAGAUCUGCUUAAAAGUAAGGUGCUGAAGGAGCUGAUUGAACCUUAUCAAGAACGUGUGGAGAAGCUGAGGAAGUUCCUUCUGGAUGUGAACCCUGCUGUACAAUAUGACCUUGUUCCUCUGAGAGAUCCCUAUGGACCAGCUAUUACCGAUCCAAACUUAAAUUGCAUUGUGGUUAGCGAAGAAACCCAAAAGGGUGCAGAAGCAGUGAACAGAAAACGACAAGAAAAUGCCCUGCAGGAGUUGGCAAUCCACAAGAUUUGUAUAAUUAAAGAUGCGCAUCGCACAGCAGAUGAAGAAGAAAAGAUUAGUUCAUCCACUUUGAGGAAGCGACUGUUGGGCUCUCUGCUGGUGCCUCCAAAGAAAAAUCUCAAAAUUGCGCCAGCUCCUUAUGUGAUUGGACUCACUGGAUGCAUGGGCAGUGGAAAGACGUCAGUUAGGCAGUAUUUGCAGAAAAUGGGAGCCACUACCAUUGAUGCUGAUCAACUGGGACAUGAGACUUACAAACCAGGAGGAGCUGCUUACCACAGGAUCAUUCAGAAUUUUGGACAAGAUGUUCUGCUGAAAGAUGGAACAGUUAAUCGAAAUGCAUUGGGAAAGAGAGUUUUUGAAGAUAACGAGAUGCUCAAACGUCUAACAGAUAUUGUUUGGCCAGAGACUGCCACUCUUCUGAAGCAGAAAAUUGAUGAUGCCAGGACAGAAGGUAAAGCUGUCUGUGUGGUGGAUGCCGCAGUUUUGCUGGAAGCUGGAUGGGUUGAUAUGGUUCAUGAGGUUUGGCUGCUUCUUAUGCCUGAGGAGAUGGCGGUCAAAAGGAUAAUAUCAAGAGACAAACUAAGUGAAAACGAGGUGAAAAAGCGGCUUGCAAGCCAGUGGUCAGAUGCCCAACGGUUACAAUAUGCCAAUGUUGUCCUGUGCACACUAUGGGAGCCUGACGUCACAGAGAAACAGGUACAAAAGGCAUGGCAACUCCUUCAAAAGCGUAGACCUCUCUCAACAUCUUAAUGAAUCCACGGAUCUUUAGUCUUUUAGACUGACCCAGUACAAAUAUUUUUGUACUUAUGUAUGUUGUGCAACAAUGUGUAAGUUGUAACAAUGGCACUUCAGAUAAUUAUCAACAAAUCAAUUUGGAGAUACUUUGUAAUUUCAAAAUCUGUCUGUUUCCAUUCUUAUUAUACAAUGAAUUGGCACAUUAGUAAGCAAUUUGACCUUUUGAGCUUGUUCACCAUUCAAUAUGAUCAAUACACCAUUCAAUAAGUGACCUCCUGCAAUUUUACUCACCCUUGAUUACCUUGGUAUCCAAAGAUAUAUCCAUCUCUUGUCUUUAAUAUGCUCACAACUGAAUAUCUACAAUUCCACUGGAAUACCGAACACUAUAGGUGCACAAUGCUUUGAGUGAAUUUCUUAUCACAGCACUAAAUAGCUGACCCCAGUUGUGAACUCCACGGUAAGCUCAAACCUCUUACCAGCAUCUACCCUAUCAAGCCAUAAGAUCAUAAGAAAUAGGAACAGGAAUUGGUCAUUCAGCCCCUUGAGCCUGCUCCACCAUCCAACAUUCCCCACCUCCACUUUCCUGCAUUUUCUCCAUAAUCCUUGAUUCCUCUAGUGAUCAAAAAUCUAUAUCUCAGCCUUAAAUAUACUCAAAGGUUUUGUGCCCAGAGUUUUUGAUAGGCAAGGAGUUUGAAAGGCGCUCAACCCUCAAGAAAUUCCUCCUCAUCUCAGUCUUAAAUUGAUUUCCCUGUGGUCUGGUCCUAGACUCUCCCAUGAGGGGAGGCAUUCUCAGCAUUUACCCUGUCAAGCCCUUUAAGAAUCCUAUAUGUUUUAAUCAGGUCAUUUUUUAUUCUUCUAUACUCUAGUGAGUAGAAUCCCAAUCUAUUUAACCUAUGCUCAUAAGACAAAACCUCCAUACUGAGGAUCAUCCUCAUGAACCUUCUCUGAAAUGCGUCCGUUGAAAUUAUAUGUUUUCUUAAAAGUGGGAAGCAAAACUGGUCCUCAUUUUGAGCAAUGUUCCAUUAUCCUUGCUGAUUAGCUGCUGUAUCUGUGUAUUAGCUUUCUGUGUUUCUCGCACCAAGUACUCCCAAGUGCCCUUGUAUUGCAGCUCUCUAUAAUUUUUCUCCAUUUAAAAAAUAAUUUGUUCUUUUGCUCUCCCAUCCAAAAUGAGCAACUACACAUUUUCCAACAUUUGCUUCAAACGCCCCUAGAAAAGUUUCUACAUUUUAGUGUGAUCUCCUCUCAUUUGCUAAACUUUGGGAUCAUAGGUCUAGUCUCCUCAAUCUCCUUGUAGGACAAUCCCAGCAAUCAGUCUGAUGAACCUUUGUUGAACUCCUUUGAAGACAGAUGUAUCCUUUAUAUAAGAUCAGGAGUCUAUACAGUACUGCAGGUGUCAUUUCAUCAAGGUCCAAUACAAGAUUAAUCUUGGUAUUUUCGAAUCAACCUGUUGAGAGAUGUUAAUUACACACCUUUGGGACUUGAACCUUAACCUGAAUCUAAGUCGCCUCAAAGCUACUUGGCCACAUACCAGUUCAUCAGGUGCUGUGCACUUGAUCAUUAAUGCUGCUUUCAUGGCACAGGUCACUGCAUAAGCUGCUCACCACUUCCAUUCUGAACCCUUCUUGUCACUGUCUCUCUCGCCUUGUCAUUAACUUUUUACGCAACGCUACUCUCCUGCUCAGCAUCUCUUUCCCCAUCCCUGCCCUUGCUACAUAUGCCUAUCUGCUUUCUUACUACGCAAUGCCUCUACCCCUAGUAGCCUCUCCCUUGCUACUUCUCUCCCACUUGGUGCCUUUUCCUUUGCUGUUUCCCACUCAUCGCCUCUGACUCUUGUUUCUCCCCCAUCUUCCAUAUUACCACUUCCUUCCCAUCUGCUGUCUCUCUCUUUUACCACUUUCCUCCUGCUCAGUGCACCCCCCCACCACCAACCACCACCUCUCACUUGGUGCCUCUGUCCUUCACCACUUCCCUCUUGCUCACCAUCUAUUCCUCUCACCAAUUCACUGCAGCUCAACACCUUUGUCUACUCCUUGCUUCUUUCAUCAACCCUCGUGCCAAGGUGAGUGGAUGAUUCAGGGAGUGAGGAGAGGUGGCUAGUGGGCAUAUUCAGGCUGGCAGUGGUGAGAGGAUAGAGGUGGCAGCAAGGACUGUUUGAGAAGAAUUGUUGACGUGGGAGAAGAGGCAAGUAGGAGAGGUUGAGUGAGAAGUAGGACAUUGAGAGGGAGUGAGCAGGAGGUAACUUAUUAAAAUUUGCUAAGUUUACAUAUAAUGGUAAUUUUAAGCAUGAAGUUUAAAAAUUAUUCUAUUUCUUGUGUUGAUUAAAAUAAAAUAAUUUUCCUAUAUCAA